ACAACCAAAACAACGACAACCAAAACAACAACAACACCACCACCUACUACAACACCUAUCAUAACCACGACAACGCCGGAACCCGCCCAAACAACGACAAUGAGGAAACCGCGACCAGAAAAGCCGUCCCGAGGCAUGUUGGCAGGAUGGAGCUUGGCCUCAGCAACAAGACUACGCAGUGACUUACUUGUUUCUUACGACAAGACAGUCAUACCUCAAUACAUGGCAGAUGAACCUGUAGAGGUCCAACUGGCCAUGUCAGCGCAGAAAAUUCUCAACUUGGACCUGAGUACUGACACCUUGCAAAUCCACACAUGGCUGACUAUGACUUGGACAGAUGUUCGUCUCAAGUGGGACCCUGAGGAUUACGGCGUCUCGAGUGUGCGUCUUCCGGUCAAAGAGCUCUGGACUCCUGACAUCACCAACUAUGGAAGUGUAGACCAGGAUAGCACAUAUGUGCCCAUCAUGGGAAACGCUGUCAUCUCUAGCGAUGGCCAAGUGCACUACGUCACUCCUUGGACCCUAAGAACCAGCUGUGUAGUACUGCCCCCUGGUGAGGAAAAGUGGAACUGCACCGUUAAGCUGGGGUCCUGGGUGUACGAUGGAUACUCCAUGGAUGUGAAGAACACGGCUGACACUAUGGACACUUCUAGCUUUCAGAUGGACAGACGUUGGGAGGUUGUAUCUGCCGAGGCCCACCGACAUGUUGCUGUGUAUCUCUGCUGUCCAGAGCCAUACAUCGAUGUCAGCUAUGCUCUGGUACUCCAACGGAGGAUGCCAACUAGUUCUCCUUCAUUACAACAUUAAGUUCACUUUUAAUUGCAUGGCCUGCGGCAGGGCUUGAAAUUAAAACGGCCGCUGACCACUAAAUUAAAAUUUAGACUGGGACAACUAAAAAGACACUUUGGGAAAUUUUUGGGAUGAUAGAAAAAUAAUCAACAUCAGAAUGUCAGCCCUUAUUUUGUUUA